CCAUAUGACUUUUUACCUAUAUAUAUAGGUAUGCAUAUACCUUUAACUGUAAAGUCAGCUGAUUUUGACUGGCUGCUUCUCAGAUGCAAGUGGAAGAAGAAAAUAUGGUCAGAGACGAGUAUCCAGCACCGGAGGAAAUGAAAAAGGAAGAAGAUAUAGAGGAUACGAUGCAAACGGAGGAAACUAAUCACGACGCUGACGAAGAAAUGAACUAUAUGGAGAACGAGGAACGUUCCGGUGAUAUUUGCGAGUAUCUCGAGAACGUUGUGUAUCCUGAAGAUGUAUAUAUAUGCACAGGUAUAAAGGCAUUAGAGGACGAGUUGGAUCAUUUGCAAACUGCUUUGGAUCAUUUGGAAAGGAAAAACGAUGAUAUACAUGCACAGUUGACCGAACUGUUGCAAUCUAAUCGUGAAGCUAGGAAACAGUUUCAGGAAUCACUGCAAGUCGAAGAACAACAAUCAAAGUGAUAAUUAUUCUUAGAAAAUUAUGUUUGCCAAUUUGAUGUUGCCUGAAGAUACUCCUAAGUAUUAUUUUUUGAUCUUAUAAAUGCAUUGUUUUAUGUAUCUGUAAGAAUGAAAAACAUUUUAUAAUCUAUCCUGAUUAAUCAUAUUUGUUAGUAAUUAGGCAAAGAAAC